AUGACGAUGCCAUUCAGCCCCCUGUCCAGCGACGACGAGCAACAAAGGAUGCUGGGAAACAAUCGACAUCUCUACCCAGGGGCGGAGGACGAGGAGGAGGAAGAGGAAGAGGAGGAGGAGGAAAUGGAAGAAGACGACCGCGAUGAGGACGGGGAGGAGGAGAAUGGCGAGCUGGAGGGGGAAGAGGAAGAGGACGAGGAGGAGAUGGUGGAGGAGGUCAGGCGAGGAGGAGGCCUGUCUCGAGGGGGAAGGGGUGAGGGACACAGGCAGUCAGGUAAACUGGCUGGGCGACCCACCGGGGACAGACAGAUCCGGUCAGGGAACCCUGGGCACACCACAAACCCCUAUUCAUCCAACCCGGGGCCCACGCACCAACAGCCAGCCAAUCAGAUACAGCAGCAGCAGCAGAGGAGGCUGAAGGAGCGCAGCGCCAGCUCGGUGCCAUCUGAGGACGCCCACAUCGCCAUGAUGGUGUUUCGCAUCGGCAUCCCGGACAUAAAGCAAACGAAAUGUUUGCGUUUUAACCCGGACGCGACGGUGUGGAAGGCCAAGCAGCAGGUGCUGUGCUCCCUGACCGAAUCUCUCCGGGACGUCCUGAACUACGGUCUAUUCCAGCCCGCUACUGACGGCCACGACGCUAAGUUCCUGGAGGAGGAGAGGCUGCUCAGAGAGUACCCACAGUCCUUUGAGAAAGGGGUGCCAUAUUUGGAGUUUCGAUAUAAGACCAGGGUGUACAAACAGACCAAUCUGGAUGAGAAGCAACUGGCCAAACUGCACACGAAGGCCAGCCUGAAAAAAUUCAUGGAUUAUAUCCAAACCAGCGCUGUGGACAAGAUGACCAAGUUCUUAGACAAGGGCCUCGAUCCCAACUUCCAGGACCCUGAUACCGGCGAGACUCCUCUGUCCCUGGCGGUGCAGUGUGAGCCAGGUGGAGGUGAGUCCAUCCGGGUCCUGGCAGAGGGAGGGGCUCAUAUUGACUUCCGCGCCAAAGAUGGACUCACACCGCUACACAAGGCUGUUCGAGGCCACCGCCAUACAGCCCUGCUGGUCUUGCUGUCUCUGGGCGCCUCUCCAGACUACAAGGACCGGCGAGGGCUGACACCGCUCUACCACACUGUGCUGACAGGGGGCGACACCUCCUGCUGCGAAACACUGCUUUACCACCACGCCAAGCUGGGCAUCAGGGACGAGAACGGCUGGGACGAGACACAUCAGGCCUGUCAGAACGGUAACUCGCAGCAUCUGGAGCACCUCCUCUUCUAUGGGGCAGAUUCUUCCUCCCAGAACGCCUCUGGAAACACUGCCUUGCACAUCUGUGCUUUAUACAACAAGGAAAGCUGUGCACGAAUUCUGCUCUACCGGGGAGCAAAUAAAGACACAAAAAAUAACAGUGGGCAGACCCCCUUUCAGGUGGCUGUAAUGUCUGGCCAUUUUGAGCUGGGCGAAAUAAUCAAAAAUCACCGGGAUACAGAUGUUGUUCCCUUCGUUGAGUCUCCAAAAUAUGCCCCUCAGAGGCGGGAGAGCGCCCGGACGCUGGCAAUACCCCACCCUCAUCCCUUCCUCCGGGCCAACAGUGACAGCAGCAUGAACCUGCCGGAGUGGAUGGCGGUGCCCAACGCUCCGACCACCAACAUCGUAUCAGUGCAGGGAUAUAAGCAUACAGGUACUCUGCGGAGCUCCAGCAGUCCCAGAGGGGCGAGGACGCGCUCCCCGUCCCGAGGGAGGAUCGGAGACAAGGAGGACCGCAGCAGGCAGAGCCGGAGACAGGGGCCGGCCCCUGCCACCACUACUGUACAAACUGCCGGGCAGCGGAGACGCCUCUACAGUGCCGUCCCAGGACGAGUCUUUGUAGCUACUCGAUCUCACUCUGCCCAGGGCGAGAGAGAAAUCAGUUUCAAUAAGGGAGACAGGGUCAAAGUGUUGAGUGUCGGCGAGGGCGGCUACUGGGAGGGAACGGUCAGAGGUCGCACAGGCUGGUUCCCCUCUGACUGUGUGGAGGAAGUGAUGCUUCGAAGCCAAGAGAACCGAUCAGAGAGCCGUGGAGAAAGAGCCAAAAGGCUGUUUCGCCAUUACACUGUGGGAUCCUACGACAGCUUUGACGCUCCCAGUGACUAUAUAAUCAAGGAGAAGACAGUGCUCCUGCAGAAAAAAGACAGCGAGGGUUUCGGCUUUGUGCUGAGAGGGGCCAAAGCUCAGACUCCCAUCGAGGAGUUUACUCCCACCCCAGCCUUCCCUGCCCUGCAGUACCUGGAGUCAGUGGACGAGGGAGGAGUGGCGUGGAGAGCCGGUCUCAGGAUGGGGGAUUUCCUGAUAGAGGUCAAUGGUCAGAACGUGGUGAAGGUUGGUCACCGGCAGGUUGUCAACAUGAUCCGGCAAGGUGGUAACAGUCUCAUGGUAAAGGUUGUCAUGGUAACCCGCAACCCUGACAUGGAGGAGGGUUCCAGAAAGAAAAUCCCCCAGCAGAGUAAGAGGCUGAGCACUCCGGCUAUCGCCCUACGAUCCAAAUCCAUGACUUCAGAGCUGGAGGAGAUGGUGGAGCGAGCUGCUACCCCUUGGAAAAAAAAAUCAGAAUUCGAAUCCUCCCAAGUUACAGAGAAGAAGAGGACAGUCUAUCAGAUGGCUUUGAAUAAACUAGAUGAAAUUCUUGCAGCAGCUCAGCAGACAAUCAGCACCAAUGAGGCGCCGGGGACACGGCCACAGGGGCCAAAGAGAGACAGGGGACGAAGUUUCUAUGGCAAUGAGCCAAACUACGGGGAUCAGUCCGGGAUGGGGAUGAUGGGUCUCGGCUUUGAGCGUGGCCAGUACACCUCAGGUCACGCCCCUCAUCACGGUAUGCUGCGGCAGAAAUCCAUCGGGGUGCCUGAGGAGGAGAGGCAGCACCUGCAUCCUCCAGCCAUGAAGUUUGCCCGCAGUCUGUCGGUGCCCGGCCCAGACGACAUCCCCCCUCCUCCCACCACUGCUCCACCAGAACCUCCAUUCUCCUCUGCACCUCCGCUAGGUUGGAGAGCUAAGUCGUCUCAGCAGCCCUCUGUGUCCGUGUCCCAGUCCACGUCCACCUCUGCGCACUACCAGCCCUACUCCCAGGCAGUGCACUUCACCCAUGGCGGCAGGGAGAGGGCAGGUGGUCCCAGCACCGGUCCCGGUGGCGGAGCGGCGGACCACGCGACCUCGUAUACUCACGCAACUGCACACACUGCUCAAAGCAGGACUGCUUCGCGGAAGGUUGCUUAUACUGGGGAGCCUGUUGGAGCUGGCAUUGGGGCAGGUGGAGGGGCCAAGGCAGCGGGUCUUAGAAGAGGCUACAGUACCGCCGUCCCACCGUCCAGCAUUGCCACUGUAAUGCCCCAGCAACAACAGACUACCCAGAGUCAACCCCAACGAGCAGACCGCAGUGCAGCUGGGGGUGGAGCAGGGGGUCCUAAAGGUGGGGCUCGGAGAGGUAAGGGCCCCCUGGUGAAGCAAUCGAAGGUAGAGGACCUGCGCGCGGGCCAGGGUACAUUAGGGGGCAAAGGCGCAGUGGAGAAAAGCUCCAUCCCCAUCCCCACUAUUAUUGUCAAGGCUCCUUCAACCAGCAGCAGUGGACGCAGUAGCCAGGGCAGCAGCGUGGAGGCCGAUGCACCAGCAUCAGGGGAGACAGACGAUACCAAAACACCCCACGGUCCUCCUCCCUCCACUCCUGCUCCGCAGCCCCCUGCUCCACCUUCCAUCCCAGCACCGCCACCUCCCUCCUUGCCUUCUAUUCGAGCCCAGGAAAACCUGGACUUUACCAGCCAGUUUGGGGCUGCCAUCGUUGGUGCAGCUCGAAGAGACAGGGAGCGGUUUCACGAAGCUCGCAGAAAGAGUGCUUCCUUGUUCAUGUCUGCUGAGGACGAAGUGGGUCUUGGGAUAGUGAGCGACGGAGUAGGAGGGGUGACAAGGACUCAGUUGUCACAGCAGCAGCUUAGCACACAGGCUGAGAGUUCAUCAACGCGGUUGCGACCGUCCAAGUCUAUUGACGAGGGCAUGUUCUCUGGGGACACCUUUAUCCACCACACCCGUAGUAUGCCUCCCGCCUUUGGCUUACCUGAAUAUUCAUCACCUGCCCUAGACUAUCAGCCCAAGUCUGUGCCUACUGACUUGUACACAGCAGCAGGUAGGCAACAGCCAGCCUCCAGCACCACCUUCAUUCACCCUCUAACAGGAAAGGCUCUUGACCCAACGUCGCCUCUCGGCCUUGCCCUGGCUGCCCGAGAGCGUGCUCUGAGAGAUGACAGCAGGUUAAGGAGGGGAACAGAUCACCAUUUCACCCGCCAGAUGUCGAGUGUGGUGUUUCCUUCAUCUGCUGUCACCUCUCAGCCAGUGUCGUCUGCUACACAGACCUCCAGCUCCUCCUACCUGGUCACAUCCUCUUCUCUGGCUGCCACCACGGCCACUGUUGGCCGCCCACCCUCGCCCAGAAUCCUAAGAGGAGUUGGGAGUGGGUGGGGUGAGGAUGGUAGUGGAGGAGAGAGGGAGCGGGAAGGAGGAGGGGCUCGCGAGGGGCUUAGAGUUCGCUUUUCUGAGGACAAAACUGUCCACACGCACCACUACCAGUCUCAGCCAUAUCAGCCGUCCUACAAGGAGAGGGAGCGGGAGAGGUCGAGGGAACGGGAGAGGGAGCUGUCGAGGGAAAGAGAGAGGGAUAAAGAGAGAGAGGCGGCCGCCGAGAGCGCUGCUCAGCAGGCGGCCCAGUCUCAGCAGCCUCGGAGACCCUCUUUUCUCAGGAUGGAAAGUCAAGCUGAAGCCUAUAUCUUGUCCCUCACACCUCCUUCUCCUCCACCUACCGGUACUCAGCAGACCACAAGCACUACUGGGACCACUGGGUCUGGCCUGAUGGUUCUUCCUCCUCCUGCCCCCUCAGUCGAUGUGGAUGAUGAGUUUGUCUAUGCGGACCCCCUCCCACCUCCACUGGAGUUUGCUAAUAGCUUUGACAGAGGAAUAUCAGGGUACUCACAACGUGGGAUGCACCCCAACAUGACCGCCCGCCAACAGCAGGUCCCACCUCCUCCACCUCCUCCUCCCCCACCACCACCACCUCCUCCACCCCCCCAAAAAGAACCAUUUGUAAGCGGGUUUCCUGCUCAUACGCCCCUUCCCUCACCGCAGGCAGGGGACUCCACUGCCUCAAGUCUCACAUCUUACGACAGUGAAGUGGCUAACCUGACUCAGUCCGCUCCUUCCCCCUCCCAGACGUCGCCCAACCCUCUUCCUCCCUCCUCACCCUCCACUUUGCAACCCACAUCUAUAGGUGGACCUCCACCUCCCCCGUCAGUCUCACCGCCACCUCCUCCCGGCUCCUACCACAGACCCUUCUCUAUGUCCCAUCCCCACCACCUUUAUAACAGCACUCACACUCCUGGGCGCUCCUCCCCUACUCCUCCUCCGCACACUGUCGCACCACCACCGGCCUACCGUGGCCCACCGGCGCACUCCUCUGCUGCCACCUCCGCUCCACACAGGGGCACCGCCUCCAUCACCACGACCUCUAGCUGUGCCACUACAACCACCGCUGCUGCCAUCACAACGAGCACCUCCACUCAGCUCUACCACGAGCGAACACACGCAACACAUACAGUUUCCUCCAGCAACAUCACUAGUAGUCGCAGGACAGGAGACCACCACCGUCAUCCCCCUGCUGCCAAGAAAGGAGAGUCCCAGGAGACGGUGGUGGACUCUGGGAUCGAAGAACUGGACAGCCGCAGCAGCAGCGACCACCACCUGGACAGCAUCCUGGCUCUUAGUGGAGCUCGGGGAGACAGGCUGGACCGAGGGGAGAGAGGCGGGGUUGGUGGGCGGAUGGCAGGGGGAGGUGGGACAGGGGAAUCAGAAAGGGGAGGAGAUUUUCUGGAGUCUUACAUGAGCUACCUGGAUGGACAAACUUUUGAGAUGCAGAACGCCACAGCAGGAACCUCCACCUACCCAAAAUCCAACAGGUUUAGAGAGGGAGGUCGCAUCAGCGAGCUACACAGACAGACCAGCACAGCUCCUCCAUCCUACCACUCCCACAGACGAAGAGAUGAGCAGGAAGAGGAGGAUGUGGUUGAGGAAGGUGUGGCAGAGGAUGAAGGUGGCCACGAUGGGUACGGGGUGAGGGACAUACAGAAUUUGGGACGUCCGAGUUCGCCGUACUUUGAUCGCCCACGCACUCCUGAGAUGAAGCCUCUUUGGGGCGAGGGGCAGAUGAGCGGUGAAGGAGGCCAGUUCGGGACACUUUUAGAGGGAAAGAAGAUUUACCCUCCUGCAUCUAGUAUGAAGCCCAGCAUCAUAAAUGAGCUGAGCAGCAAACUGCAGCAAAGAACCAAGGACACCUGGAGCAGCCAGAGACCACUGGGCAGACACAGGCACAGAUUUUCAGAAGACUCAGCCUCAGCUCUGAGCCCCCCAUCAGCUCGAUCCCAGUCGCCGUCUCCAAUCUCGUUAUCGCAGCCAUCGUUGUCCCCAUCCCCAACCCCGGCCGCCCAGUACCCCAACUGGGGGAGGUCCCCAUCUCCUCAGCCUACAGCAGUCCCUCAACCUCCACGUUCACAUUCCCCGCUGUCACCAACAACUUAUUCCCCUUACCCCACCUCCCCCAAACACAGACCUGUCUACCGGACCAAAGCCCUGGAAUUCCAAUUCAUCCCCAGUCGUGAGUCCCGUAAAGCAGAGUCACACAUCCUCCAGCGUAGGCGAGCACCCAGCCCCCUCAUCUCCCCAUCAGAGAGGCCCAAGCUGGGCCCACCACGCCCAUCAUCCCUUCCGCUCCUCCCCACCACACCCCUAUACAGCGCCCUCUACGACCUCCGAGGUUCAAUCACUCCACCAUCACCCGGGAACCCUCUCGGAGAUCCUUACUUCUCGCCCUCUCCACCCCUUUUUGCCCCCUCGGGUGCACCUCCUCCUCCAAACUCCACUUUAGUUGUUUCUCGAUCACUCUCUCCGACUCACUUCUUAUCCGGGACGUCUUCUCCACCCUUGCACCCUCUCCCUCCACCUACAUGCCUGAGCUACCCCCAUCUACCACCACCGUCCCCUACUAAGCCUUUUGCCUCCAAGCCGCUACCCUACUGGACCAAGUGGGACGUUGCAGACUGGCUAGGAUACCUGAACCUGGGUGAGCACAGAGAGCGUUUCCUGGACAACGAGAUUGACGGCAGUCAUCUGCCCUCCCUUACCAAGGACGACUAUCUGGAUUUGGGUGUGACUCGUGUGGGCCAUCGUAUGAAUAUAGAACGAGCCCUGAGGACAGUAAUGGACAGGCUGUCCAGCAGCCCGUUCCCCAUUUCUGUUCUCUCACCUCGGGAAGGACAGACCGACAGGAGGAGGGACGACGGGAGCCGGAGCUGA